ACUGUCAAAGCCUCCCGGAGCCCAAUUCCCGGAAGCUGUGAGUUCUAAAACAAGUUCCUGUACUCGACCUACCGCAGUUUGCGAGCCCCCAAUCAUGAGCGCCCCGGGCGUGCUGUCCUUUACCCAGCAAGGCUGGGAGCAGGUGCUGGCCAAAGUGAAACGGGCUUUGGUCUACCUGGACGCCGCCUGCGCCGAGAGCCUGCACUGGGGCUGCGGAUCCACGCGCCUUCUGGAGGCUGUGGGAGGUCCGGAGUGUCACCUGCGGGAGUUCGAGCCCGCCGCAGUUGGUGGUGGAGCCAAGCAGCCUAAGGCGGUGUUCGUGUUGAGCUGCCUGCUGAAAGGCCGGACCGUGGAGACCCUACGGGAUAUCAUCUGUCGCAGUCACUUCCAGUACUGUGUGGUGGUCACAGCCGUGAACCACGCUGUCCACCUCACCGCUAACCACGUGCCAGCGGCUGCAGCGGCCGAGCUGGAGGGGCAGCAGCCGGUGUUCGAGCAACUGGAGGAGAAGCUGUGUGAGUGGAUGGGCAAUAUGAACUACACCGCCGAGGUGCUGCACGUCCCGCUAUUGCUCGCCCCUGUGGCUCCCCACCUCGCCUUGACUCCAGCCUUCGCUUCCCUUUUUCCGCUGCUUCCCCAGGAUGUGCAUCUCCUUAACAGUGCCCGACCGGACAGGAGGAGGCUAGGAAGCCUGAGUGAGGUGGAUGCCGCCGCCCUCACCCCUGAGCUGUUUCUGAAGAUCAGGUGCCUGGUGUCAGGCCUCAGUUCUCUGUGUGAGCAUUUAAGGGUGCGGGAGGAGUGUUUUGCCGUAGGCUCCCUCAGUCGGAUCAUCGCUGCAGAUCUGGCUAAUUAUGCCCCUGCCAAGAACAGACGGAAGACUGCCACAGGCAGGGCAUCAGUGGUCUUUGUGGACAGAACUCUGGAUCUCACAGGAGCAACUGGACAUCAUGGAGACAACCUGGUAGAGAAGAUGAUUUCAGUGCUUCCCCAGCUUCCAGGCCACACCAACGAUGUGAUGGUGAACAUGGUGGAGCUUACAGCACUCCAGAAUGAAGAGAAGAAUCAGAGUAUGGUGGCACCAGGCUGUCUUGCACCAUCCAAUGACUCGGCAGCCAAAGCCCUGUGGGAAGCCUUACUGAGCACCAGGCACAAAGAGGCAGUGAUGGAAGUCCGGAGACAUCUAGUGGAAGCAGCGAGCAGAGAAAACCUGCCAAUCAAGAUGAGUGUGGGGAGAGUGACUCCAGGGCAGCUCAUGUCCUAUAUUCAGCUCUUCAAGAACAACCUCAAAGCUUUAGUGAAUCACUGUGGGCUCCUACAGCUUGGGCUGGCCACAGUUCAAACUCUGAAACACCCACAGACUGCCAAAUGGGACAACUUUCUGGCUUUUGAAAGACUCCUUCUCCAGGGCCUUAACCAGAUACGAGGACAGUGUUCAAUAGAGGCAGUGAAAUGAGGCGUCUUCAUCUUAUUCCUGAG